AUGAAUUCGAAAAGGGAAAAAGGAAAAAAAAGACGAGUCCUUGAAGGAAGUGGAAAAGAGACCGGGGAAGGCUUUGGAGGGGCAAAUGCAGGAAACCAUGCUGACGAAUUGAGAAUGGUUGCAAUAAGCAAUGCUGUGGACGGAUCAACUGGAGAAGCAACUGGCGAUGACGGAAAAAGAGCGAGAUCAGAAUCAGCAGGAAAGGAUUUGGAAGGAGUUGGCGUUGGAGAAGAAGCUUAUGCUGCAAGACGAGCUCCGAUGGAAGAGUUGGAAGAUGUCGCUGGACCUUCUGAAGAAGCGAAUGCAAGAGAAUUCCAAGAAGGAUCAGAAACAGCUUUAGAAGGCCCUAAUGUUGGACUUGAAGGAGUAGUCAAUGACGGAUCUUCAGAAGUAGCUGAAGCAGCACUUCUUGGAGGACUAGCGGAUAGAGGUGCCCGAGUACAGGUAGAUGGAGCUGAAGGAGACGCAAAUGCAAGAGUGAAACGAGGCACCGGUGGAGGAAUGCCAGCAGCUACGACGAGAAAACCGUCCGGAGGCGCUACCAGGGGCACCACCAGGAAACCACCAGCUGGCACCACCGAAUCACCGCUGUUCCAGAAGUCAGCAAUGCACACCUUUUGGAGUGCCUUCCUGAAUCUGCAACUUUCGUUAUUGAACAAGUUUGAGGAGGCACUCGACGAGUUUCAGAAAGCAUUGCCCGACGAAUUUCAUGAAUCAUACUUCAAGCAAAUGCAGGUAGUAUCCGAGAUGCUUGCAAAGGAAAAUGGGAUGGAUGACGAAUACUACGAGGACAUGCUAUCAGUUGGAGGAGAUGCGGAAAACUAGGGAGCAAUAAGGAGCAGCAAGCUGUGAAGCAGAUAGAGAACUUCAGAAAGAUGAAAAUAUGGUUGCUACCUUUUUUGUCCCUCACUUUUAGAGUAGAUUUGCCUUAAAAUGGGCGUUCGUUCCUGGGUGUGAAUAUGAUAGCCAUUGAGGAAUAAUUUUGAGUCGGGGUCCCCCUCAAGUUGCGUUUUCCUUUCUACAUCAUGGUUACUCUGUUAUUUCGGUUUCACAUGAAUUUAUUGUGAAUUAGAACGCAAUUUUUAAAAGGUUUUUUUUUCUCUCCCGUCCCUGCCUCUUUCUCUCUCUCUCUCUCUCUCUACAGGACUGACUAAGGUUUACUCUAUGUCUAACCCAUGGACAUUCUUCGCGUCUGUCCUUCCCUUACAAUCUUUCAUUCAAAUGGAAUCUCAACGCUCGACCUACUACCUAUAAGGGACAUCUUCCUAUCCCACCAUAUCGAUCGAACACGGCUAACGACUGUUUCAAUCUCAUCUCACGAAUUCUACAUUUAAAAAAAACAUUAGAUCCAGACACAGAAAUGACUCAGAAUGCAGGAGUUGCGAAUCCAAUGCAACUCCUACUCGAUAGUCGAUUCACUUUGGGACAAGACUAAGUACAAAAUAUGCCUAAUUACCAAACAGCUAAUUUCAUUUUAUGAAGCAAAGUGAUGC